AUGCAGGGUCUGAGUUCCCGGGCUCACGCGUUCUCUGUGGAAGCGCUGGUCGGGAAACCCUGCAAGAGAAUGAAAGUGUCAGAUGAGUCAAGUUCAGCUGCAGAAACCGGCAUCGAAACGAGCAUCUUCACCGGCCUGAACGAAUAUCCUGUCAGCCAGAUGAAGAAAGCCGGUACAUCAUCUCCGAGGAGGGCAGAGUCGGAGAGACAGACUGUCAGGUCCGGGGCUGAGGAGGCUGACCCCGGCGGAGAGGAGAACAAGCCGAAGGAGAGCAACCUCCUCCCGGACAGAGAGGUCCAGGUGGAGCUGCAGGGCUCCGAGCUGUGGAAGAGGUUCUAUGAGAUCGGAACCGAGAUGAUCAUCACCAAAGCUGGCAGGAGAAUGUUCCCCUCUGUACGCGUCAAAGUGCGCAAUCUGGACCCGUGCCAGCAGUACUACAUCGCGAUGGACGUCAUGCCCGUGGACUCCAAACGCUACAGGUAUGUGUACCACAGCUCGCAGUGGAUGGUUGCGGGUAACACGGACCACUCCUGCAUCUCCCCGCGGCUCUACGUGCAUCCCGACUCCCCGUGCGCGGGAGAGACGUGGAUGCGUCAGGUGAUCAGCUUCGACCGGGUCAAACUCACCAACAACGAGAUGGACGAUAAGGGGCAUAUAAUUCUCCAGUCGAUGCACAAAUACAAGCCACGUGUGCACGUCAUCCGGCACGACCCUCGCAUGGACCUGUCGCAGAUCCAGUCGCUGCCUGCUGAAGGAGUGCACAGCUUCUCCUUCCCCGAAACAGAGUUCACCACGGUCACAGCCUACCAGAACCAGCAGAUCACAAAACUGAAGAUCGAUAGGAACCCAUUCGCCAAAGGCUUCAGAGAUCCAGGAAGGAAUAGGGGAGUGUUGGAUGGCCUUUUGGAGUCGUAUCCCUGGAGAGGCCCUCUGAGCUUGGACUUCAAGCCAUUCACCAUACAGCUCCAAGGGAGCUCGGGGUCGCCGACCAGCAGUGUGAAGACUCUUCUCCCCCUUUCCUCUCCCCUACACCCGUUCUCCGUCUCGGCGCUCUCCUGCCAGGAUGCCGCUCUCCACACCCUCGCUUUUCCUCUCUACGGAAAGACGUCCACAGCAUCUCCGCUGCCCAGCAGGGCAUUCUCCUCCCUGGGAGUAGACAGACUGAGAGGCCUGCCCCCACUUCCAGACCUGCCUUUCCUAUCAGCGCUUCAGCCAAAGAAACCUCCCCAAUGUAGGGACCCAUAUCCGGGGAGCCUCUUCCCCCUCCACAGCCCCCUCGGUCAUCACGGGCCUUCUCUGCUCCCUCAUCUCUCUGACACUACGGGCCCCUACUGUCUCUACCGCUACAGCUUCCCCUUAAACCCCCAACUCACAGCUCUUUCCCGGCACGCCAAACUUGCCGAAGACACCACAGACUGUCUGCUGCGCCCGUCGCCGUGGCACCCAACCACCAACCACUGCCUCUGACAGCUGGACCGCACUUCCAGGCUCCGGCCCAUUGAGUGUUACGAGCCAGAGCUUAUUGCAACAACACAGAGAGGCCUUAUGCUCAAUUCGAGAAGGACUCAGAGGAGCAAUAAACUGUUUUGUACGCUGUGUUGGACUUACACAAGAACUGAUCCUGAAGCAGAUCAUGUUGCUCCCUCUUCAGUGUUCACACCAGCCAAAAAGCCCAUGUGAACACAAAUGUAGGCAGGAUGUAAAUUUUCAUUCGGGACAGUUUGUUUAUACCACAGGGAAGAUCCCUUUUAA